CAUCUCCCUACCACCAUUUCUGUGAUCAUUCUCCAGUAUGCAUCAACGGGUCUUUGCCUCCCACAAGAGGGGUGUGUGUGGGCGUGAGGAGGGAUUUUUCUACGUAGAUUAGUUCUAGGAGAGCCCAGUGUAGAGCUGGAACCGAGACCUCGCAACAGCCUUGGCUACUAUAGGAAAAAUGAAGAGGUCGGCUUUGCUGCGCGGGUUGCUUGCCAGUAUGAUCAUUUGCGUGAUUUCUUCCAGGCCAAGGACCACCUUUGGCAACCUCGCUCUCCGACAGUGAAUGUCGCUUACACACUUGCCCCACGGACUGUGAAACGGAGAGGCAACGAUGUCGAACGGCCAUGCCACAGUUCUGGGGUCAGAGUCACCCUGGGGCGCCCUUUUCUUUAGAGCCUUGGACUUCAUUCAUCCAGACCCCAGCGAAAGCGCCCCCGGCCCAUCUCAAUAAGCCCAGCCAUACUCAAGGCACUUACGGGAACCGGGCGAAGGGCCACCUACCCAGUACCAGUACCACUCUCACUCCUCCUUCUCCUCCUCCCCCUCCCCGCAAACCCAUAAGCAUCGCAUUCUCUCCCGGAAACAACCCUGCUGAGCAAAGGCGGAGGAAAACCUUGGGCCUUCCGCUCUGAUUGGUCUCCCCCCGCCGAGCUGGGCGAGGCAGCGAUUGGCUGCCGGCUGUUGUCAGUCGGGGGAGACCAGUGCCAUCCCUGGGUAAGUGGAGCCGGCCGGGGCUUUGGUGCUCCCGCUGCCGCCGCGGCUGCUCCGGCUGGUGCAGCUGUGGCGAGCUCGCGCGGGGCGGCAGGCGCUGCUGCCGCUGCUGCUGCUGUUCCUGUUCCUGCUGCGGGAGCUGCUGCUACGGUAGGAGGAGGAAAAAGAGGAGGAGGACGAGGUGGAGGAGGAGGCGGUGGCGGCGGUGGCGGUGGUACAAGAGGAGAAGGAGGAGGCGGAGAAGUGAUGCUGGCGCCAGGGAUCCGGGCAGCGGCGGCGGCAACAGCAUCACCGCCGGGAGUGCAGCUGCAACAGCCCAGUUGUCAUCCAGCCGGGCGGCCGGCCGAAGACAACAAACCCAACUGAGAAACUUCAAGAACUGAUCAGCCACAUAGUAAAGGGAUUGAAUGAAAACAUGGCAGCCAUACUUUGAGAGAAGAACAGAAGUUCUCAUAUAAAGGAAAACCCGGUGACAGUUUGACGACCAAAGGAUAACUGGACUGAUAGACCAAUGGGGUUCUGGUAGAUUAAAGAGUGCCUGGAUUUCAUCAAGAUUAUGUACUUCAGAAUAAUGCACUGAAGGAUCAUCUUUUUGAUCAGUUAUUGAUCACAGUUUGGGGGACCACGGGCAUAGAUUAAGUGCAGUGUCUCUUGCUACCCGGAUUCUCCAGGGCACCGAGUAAGAGCAUCUCCUGGCACUCUCCCGUAAGUCCCCUCCAGAGUUAUCCUCAUCGUCAGGCAGAUGAAGACUGAACAUUGUGUAUGACACAAAAAGUGAGAAGAAAGAGGACAUGACAUGCUCUAUAAAACAGAAUUAAGAAGACGUAGAUAAUCAUGGAAGCCAUCAUCGUGGGGAGGAAGAAAGUAGAGUGACGAGCCUCCCGACGAUACCUAUGAACAAUCUCACAGUAACUUGUAUUUAUCGAACUUUAAGAUUUUCAAGUAAUAUGCUGCCUUUUCAGGAUGAAGAGAUGUUAAUGGUAAGAAGGCUAUUUAUUCAGUGCACUGAGUAGAGGAGCUUCAAAGACAAUGGCUUCAAAGGUCUCCUGUCUCUAUGUUUUGACAGUUGUAUGCUGGGCUAGUGCUCUUUGGUACCUCAGUAUAACUCGUCCUACUUCUUCCUAUUCUGGCUCACGGCCAUUUACUAACGUUGCUGCUGCCAGGAAGAAUGUGACCUUUGGUAAUAUAAGAACUCGACCUAUAAACCCACAUGCAUUUGAGUUUCUCAUAAAUGAGCCCAAGAAAUGUGAGAAAAGCACCCCCUUCCUUGUCAUCCUCAUUAGUACCACUCACAAGGAAUUCGAUGCUCGACAGGCUAUCCGAGAGACGUGGGGAGAUGAAAACAACUUUAAGGGGAUCAAAAUCGCCACUAUCUUUCUCCUAGGGAAGAAUGCUGAUCCUGUUCUCAAUCAGAUGGUGGAACAAGAAAGCCAGAUCUUCCAUGACAUCAUUGUAGAGGACUUCAUUGACUCAUACCAUAACCUCACCCUCAAAACGUUGAUGGGGAUGAGAUGGGUUGCCACUUUCUGCUCAAAAGCCAAGUAUGUCAUGAAAACAGACAGUGACAUUUUUGUAAACAUGGAUAAUCUCAUUUAUAAACUACUAAAACCCAACACCAAACCCAGGAGAAGAUACUUUACUGGCUAUGUCAUCAAUGGAGGACCCAUCCGGGAUGUGCGCAGUAAGUGGUACAUGCCCAGAGAUUUGUACCCAGAUAGCAAUUACCCACCGUUCUGCUCAGGGACCGGCUAUAUCUUUUCAGCCGACGUGGCAGAGCUCAUUUACAAGACCUCACUUCACACGAGACUGCUUCACCUUGAAGAUGUAUAUGUGGGACUGUGUCUUCGGAAGCUGGGCAUUCACCCUUUCCAAAACAGUGGCUUUAAUCACUGGAAAAUGGCCUACAGCUUGUGUAGAUAUCGCCGAGUUAUUACUGUGCAUCAGAUCACACCAGAAGAAAUGCACAGAAUCUGGAAUGAUAUGUCAAGUAAAAAACAUCUCCGGUGUUAAGAUUUUUAUAGAUGUGAAUAUCUUUUAUUUUCUUCCUUCCUUCCUUUCUUUCUUUUGUCUUUCUUCCUUCUCUCCCCCCACCCUUCUUCUCUCCCUUCUUUUCUCUCUCUCCUGCUUCCUUCCUUCCUUUCUUCUUUUUAAUUUGGAGCCUGCUUUGGUGGUGGUUUACAGAGGUCACUAUGGGAAAUGAACUUGUGAAGGAGCUUGUAAAAAGUAAUUUUCCCCACCCCUCUCAUGUCUUAUUUCCUUUCUUUGAUCAGCUGGUUUACAAAUGUCACAUUCUCAUUAUACAAGUGUUACACAAGUUAAAAGUGCCAGAUGCCAAUCGCAGGGCAUGGAGUAUUGCCAUUUAUCAAAGAGCAACUCCCAAACCCGUGCAUCCAAAAGGAGAUAGAUACUGGCUAAAUGGUGCACAGCUAGCUACUAUGAACCUGAGAUGGAAAUCUGGUUCUGAGAGAGGGAGAGUCACCUCACUAUAAUGCCUUCAUCGCAUUUCUUCAAAGAGAAAAUAACUUUUUUUAGAAGCCCAUUUUGAAACACACACAGUCAAGACAGUGAGUGGGAGUGUUUAUGUUGUGUAUGAUACUUGUGUUGAGUUUUUUACAUAUAUUGGCAUGUAUAAUGUGUCAUAUUCACAAUUCUGUCCCCAAAAAGAACUUGCUACUGGCAGAAAGACAGAAUUUGGGUGAGUGGGAAUUUGAACUUGAGAAUUAGACAUUCUGUAGGUUCAGGAAACAACUUGAUUGCUCAUCCAAGGUUUAAACACAUGGUCAGAAGGUGGAAUGUAUAUAGAAUGCUAUUUAACAAAAUAAAUAAGCGAUGUAUUCUUAGUUCUUUCAGAACAAACAUAAAAUUGUGCCUCCAAGGAAAAUUGCCAAAUGUAAUUUUACCUACUUCCAUCCAGUAUGGAAUGCCACUGAGUAUACUUGGAGUGUGGGGGUCAUGUGGGCACAGGAUUCCAAAGAAGAAAAACCAGCAAAGCUGACAUUUGGCCAAGAAGAUGCUACAUCACAUUGCAAAGAGUGCAAAUUACAAAAGCAUGGAAAGAAUUAGAACCAUGGAAAUAGGAAGGGGCUCUCCUAACAAGAAGGGAAAUGGUGAGCAGGUACCAAAUGUGACUGCAGUGCCCUCGGUGUGUCCUUUAGUACCGCUGAAUGUUGGCAAGGUCCCCAGCAUUAUAUACAAUCGCAUCAGCACUGAGGUCUUCUCAGGGGCAGAGUUACAUGAGAUUUGCAGGUCGGGUAGGGAAACCUAGCUUCCAUUCCUUUCUGGGUUGCAAGAUUCACAGUGUCACAUGAACAAAUGAUGAAACCUCAGUGUGCCUCAAUUUACUCAUUUGUAAAAUGGCAAUUAAAAAUAACCUACCUCCCAGAUGCUGUGAAAUUUAAUUCAUGUUUGCUAAGUACCUUGAAAUCCUCAGCUGAAAGGUGCUAUGUAUGUGCAAAGUAUUAUUAUCAUCAUCAUCAUUAUUAUUAUUGCUCUAAUACCAGUAACCAGUAAAGAAUGGUGAGAGGCAGUGGAGGCAUAGUGCCUAGAAGGCUAUCCUUGACGUCAGGAAGACCUAGGUCCAAGUCCUACUUCUAACACUGUAGGUACAUCACAGUGCUACGAGCAUUCCUACUCUACAGUUUCUGAUCUGUAUUGGUGAAGAAGAGCUCCUUACACAGAUUAAAAUCAUGGGUCCAGUUUCCAUGCCACCCCCAAAACAAAAAAAGCAAACAAGUCAUUAUUAGUAGUAAUAUACCACAUAUGUUAAUAUAAAAUUCUCCACAAUUAAUCUUGACUAUUGACUAUAAUAUUGACUAUUUAUUUCUUUCAAAGUUAGAUCAGAAGUUCUUAACCUGGAGCCCAUUAAUUUUUAAAUUUAAUUAAUCAUUUAAUUUAAUUAAUCAAAACAUUUAAGUUUUGAUAACUGUAUUUCAAUAUAAUUGGUUCACUUUUUUUUCCUAUAUUUUUUCUUCUGUGUCUUUAAUAAUAGUAUUAUGAAAAAGUGUCUGCUUCAGCUGACUGACAAAGGGGUCCAACAAUGCACCUUUGGAAAGCUGCAUAAUUAAUUAUGCUCCCUCUGGCAUCACUUAAUGAAUGACUAUUUCCUUGCAUUGAAUGCUACCUACCCCACUGUACGGAAGGAUAUGGUGUUUUCCAAGAUUGGAGGGCAGGGCAUAUUUUGUGGCAGAAACUUCUGCCUUUUUAGAUGUUAGAAUAAGCUGAGUGCAGGUGCAUGGAGAAAUAUGCAACUUGAGAUAUCUCCAUUCGUUUGAAUUAAGGCCUCUCUGGGAAUUUGGAGGACAGGAGAAAUUCAUUCACCUUUCCUGAAGGAAGAAUAAAUAGAUCAAACUUAAUUCCAAAUCAAACGUUGAUGAUAACCAUACCUAUUUGGAAAAUUUACUAUACAUUGGCAAACUUCGGUUUGCUUAUUAUGAUCUGUAAGAAAAACUCCAUGAAGUAGAAAUCUUGUUUUUCUUGUCCCUGUUUUGGUUUUUAGAUUGUCUUGGGCCUUCAAAAAUAUUCUUCUGGAAAGUUCUGCAACUCUCAUAUCCCCUGAGACGUAAGACCUAGAUAGUCAUUAGUUUUAACAAAUAUAUAUUUUAGGAGUCAAUGAGAUAGUUUAUUUCAGUCUGGACAAUACAGGGAGAAAAACAUUGGAAAAGUUGGGGAGAAAUUGGGUCCCACAAGAUCAGUCAGCUCCCUGGCCCAGUAGUUAUUGUCAAUUCUUGAACUCAAUGAUUUCUUCCUAGACAUUCAAAACAUCACAUAUAUUUGUGUUUACUCUCUAUUUAAUUGUUCCACAGUUGAACUGGGCCCUUGCUUUGCACCUAUCCCACACCCAGCCAACAACUCAAUAUCAAGGAAUGACACAUUAUGAGCAUGAUAAAUAUAUAAAUAUAUAUUUCUUAUAUAUAUGUUAUAAAUAUAUACAUAUUACAAAUAGACCUCCCUAGCCUAAAAUGGAACAAAAAACAAAAAUAGUAAUUAUUAUUAUUUUUGGAAACUUCUUUAAAUUUCCUGGGUUUAGUUUUUUUGUUUUGUUUUGUUUUGUUUUAAUGCACAGAGGACAACAUGUAAAUAUCCAUCAAAGACUAUGUGUAUAUAUUUUAAAAGAAUCAUCUCUUUAACUGUACAUACAGAGGUGGGAGUCAGCCUGCUGUGUAACAUUUGGCUCUGCAUGGGGCUUGUUUAAGCAUCGAUCUUUGUCUCAUCUUUCUGUAGCCUUAAUUAAGCAUGUUUGCCCUCCAUUUUUGAGUGUUUGAAAUAUUGUUUUUAUGUCAGGUGAUCAAGAAAAACCUCUCAUUUACUACUUAUCUUAGUUUUCUAAUAACUGGUCAAAAAUCAAGGCUCCAAUCACUUGGGAAACCAUUAGAAAGAUUUUUGUAUCCUUUCUUGGAUUUGGAGGGCAAUGAAUGAUGGCACAAGAGUUAGGAACACAAGGGUUCAAGGCCUGCCUUUAACACCUACCUACUGGCUGGAUGAACCCUGAGGUAACUCAGAUAACCUCUAAGUGUUCUAUGCAGGGCUGCAUUUGUAGUGGGAGUUUCCUCCCCAAGGAUUUUCCUACACCAAUAAAAUCACAAGGCCAGCUUCCUCUCUAUCCCUAUCCCAUUCUCUUCCCCAUUCCUAUCCUUAUCCCUAUCCAUUCCUUUUCUCUGAUUUUAAACACAAUCCCAGGCAGCAGCCUCCAUGGGGGUCAUGUAGCCGUCAGUUUUUCUAAUAAUCUGUUUCUAGUACCUCCCAUGAACAGUUUUAAUUUUGCACAGGAUGAUGUUAAGGACCCAAGUUCAGUAUUUGCAUUCUUAAUGUUCCUUUUUCCAAUGAAACUUUCAGGUUUUCGUUUUUUAGAUAUACGGUUGCAAGGAUUUGUUCUUUUCCUAUAACAUGGCAAAUGCCAGUUGGAAUAUAACACUGGAACUCUAGAAAUCACUAGAUUUCUAGGAAUCAGAAUAGGAGGAAGCUCCUGUUUACUUUGGAUGGAAUUUGAACCCAUCUAGCCUAUUGGAUGGAUAUGUUGGGGGGGGGAGUGGGGAUGAAGGGAAGAACCCCUUUGCAGAGGGGUGAGGGGAGGACUUUUUCAAUAUAACUUUUCCUAUUAAAGGAUGAUGGAAUAUUUAACCCAAAGCACCUGGGAUUGAUUUUCUAUCUUUCAUAAAAUGUGAUUUCAGUGGGGGGGGGGAUUAAUUCUAAUUUCUGCUGUAAAGGGAUAAAUGGUUUUUAUAAACAAAAAGCAACUUGUGAAUGAAAGAAGCAAUUUACUAGAAGAGCUUGUUGAUUAAAAAACUGACAUUUAGGUGUAUCAUUAUAUAUGAAUGGAUGUAUUUAUGUAUUUAUUUGUCAAAAUUGUAUAUAUUGUUUCAUCAAAAGUGUCAGUAAAAGUGCACUCUUUGGGUUCAAAGUAUUAUUUAGGUUUAUGUGGGGUUGCUAGUCGAGCUGCUAAUCAGAAUACUAUUUUUUGUAUUAAUGUCAGAAAACAACAAAAAAAGGCAAAUGGAAUCUGAAGGUGAGUGUACAGUUGGCUUCUUCACCUUCUUCUUGAAAUGUAAACUCUCUGUUGACUGGAAAGCACGAUGCUAAUGUAUAGGCCCAUCUGUCAUGAGGAGGAUUAUUGUUCCAUAAAAGCUGAUUUUUUAACCAUUGGGAAAAAUAAACAGAAGGAGAACAUAUUUUUCACUUUAUCUGCUUCUUUUCUGAGUCUCCUCUAUGAAACGCUGGCAUUUUCCAGUGUUAAAAUAAACAGAUGUUCUACAAUUUACCAUUGACCUGCCCCAACAACCAACUUCAAUAUGUCUAACAGCUCAGAGACCACGAGGAGCCACCAAAUUGUUCAGUGCUCCUGAAAAUUUCAUUAUGACCCCAGCACAUUCGGGGAAAAUUGACUUCAAGAGCAUUUGGUCUAGUGAACCAAAUGUUGGUCUAUAGUACACAGAAAACCCGAGCCUUUUUUGCCAGCCCCCUUUGGCCUUCGAUGACAGUGGGACCUCUCCACAGCCAGAGAUGGCUUCAAUAAUUCUUUCUUUUCCCCUUAGAGAAUAAUACUGAGUUGAUAAAUUGCUUAGAGAGCUUGGAGUGUUUAGUAGGGACAUAUCAGGUAAAGUUGGCCCUCCUUGGGUUUCACUCUUCCUAACAUCUUUGUAAUGCUGCACUUUGAUUAGAUGUUUGGACUGUGGCCAAGAAAGUGCUGGUACCUGUGUUUCCAGGUCAAGAGUUGAUAGCUAUUUAUGGGAAGAGGGCUCUGUCCCUGCCCCGUGGGUCAUUGCUAGGUGCCUUUGUAUCUUAUUGGAAAUGGAACGAUGAUUCUAACCUCCUCUACACCAGGAGAAGAUAUUCAAGGCACAAAGAUCCCCCCAGUGUGGCCAAAUAGUUCCAUUAACUUACCUUUUGGAAAUGCCACAAUUUUUAAAAAAUUUCAUUUGAACUCCUUCAAAAAGGACUCUCAGCUAAGGAAAUGGGGGGAUAUCCUGCUUGAAGACUAGCAGCAUGGUACCAUCUCUAUGUUGCCAGGGAAAAGACAAUGUAAAAAUGAAAAUGAAUUGUAUUAAAAAAAAACCUGACAGCUGCAUAUAUUUCAGAGAUAUUUCCUUUUCCUCUCACAGAAGCUUUUAAAAAAUGAUAAAAGCCUGAUUCUAAUUAUAACAAUUACCCAGGGCUUAAUUAAUAUAUUGCUUAAAGAUGUGUGGGUAUUAGAACCAGGAGGGUGGGUUUCAUAUAGCUUGAUUAUCAUAAUUACAAGCAUUCUAUUUUCUCAUUUACUUAAUUGAUUGUCAUAGAUUUCCAGAUGAAUUCACACUGCUGGAAGAGAAUUGAAUACAUUUCUGGAGGGAAAAAAAGGAACCUGGGCUAUUUAGAAAAUCAGUGUGUCCCAGAAUGUAAUCCCUGUAGACGUGAAAUAUUGCCUGGAUGAUAUCUGCUUACCUCUCUCUUGGUCAAAUGGGUAUUUUUGUAUGUGUAAAAUGAAAGAGAAAUGAAUAAAAAAAUCUUAUUGAUUCAA